GUUGAUUAAUUGCUUUAGGCUAAAAGUGAGAAAUUCAAAAAAAUUACAAGGAAACAACUCCCACAUACAUGCAGUCGCAAGGGAUAUGCAUGGUUGACUGAGGACAUGAAAAACAAGGGUGUAACCUCCUCAUCUCUAUCUAGAGUUCCUGUCUGGAUUCAGGCACAUACCAAAAAGAGUGGUGAACCCAUAAACACAACUGCUGCUGAAACUAUUGAUAAAUUGAAACAAGUUGAACUUGAUGAUCCAGUAUCAUCAUCUGUUCUUAAGGAAAAAGAAGAUGCUCUUUCAAAAAUACUUGGUCGUGAGAAUCAGGGGCGAAUAAGAGGGCUUGGUAAAGGAGUUACUCUUACUAAAUUAUGUGUACUCUCGCAAAGGGAUAGUUAUAAAACUCAGGAAAAAGAAGAAGCUAGUCAAUUGAAAGAAAGAGUGGCACAUUUGGAGAGCUUAGUUACUCAUCUAAUGAAAAAUGAGAAUCAAGCAAGCGAGGAAGGACCAACAAUAACUAAAGUUUCUCCAUCGAGUCAGAACACUAACACCCCCAACAAGAAAUGCAAGUUGCUGGAUUGGAUAGGGUCAGGGGAAGUAGUUGCUGAAGGCCGUUGGUCUUCAAGUGAUCCGAAACAGCUUGUCCAUCACAUUCCUAUUGGACCUAAUGCCAUGAGAGUAUGGGUAGAUCUUGCAAGAGAAGCUGGAGCAUAUUUAUGGAGGCCUACUGCUGAUAUGACUUACAUCGAAGAUGCUGUGGGUACUACAGUUGCAUGGCCAGCUGACAAAGUUGUUAUGGGGCAGUGAUCACUUCUACAGUUAUUAUCUUUGGAAAGAAGAUGGGACCAAUAGAAGUCAGCUUGGAAGUUUGUGGGUGCAUAAAAAGGAAUUUGAAUGUGUCAUUAUGUCUUUACAUACCGACAUUAUGGCUUUAAGUUUUUGUUUUUAUUUUUCUGAACCUAGUGAGAGAUUGUGUUUUGGUACUUUAUUAAGACCAUGUUAUGACAAUUUUAAUAUUUCUUGAAAUUUAUGGUGAUGAGUUAUUUUUCAA